AUGGAACGCGCAGAGAAGCCGAAGCCUAAAGAGAUUCCCAACGUUAUCACAGACAUUAAAAAUCGAAAGACAUACAUUAAGGGCAGAUUCCUUGGGAAGGUGUGUUGAUUAUUUCUCUUUUGAGUCCUCAGGGUGGGUUCGCACGGUGCUGGGAACUGAUUGACAAAGAUACGCACGAUAAGUAUGCAGGCAAAGUCGUGUGUAAAAACGACCUCGUCAAACCGUCACAGAAGCAAAAAAUGCAGCAGGAGAUUAUUAUCCAUUCUUCCCUGAAACAUGAGAAUAUUGUCAACUUUCACCGGUCAUUCGAUGAUAGCAGCAACAUCUACAUACUACUCGAACUGUGUACUCGACGGGUAAGUGAAUGUGUGAAUUAAGGUAUCUUUGUAGACAUUAAUGGAGUUACACAAACGAAGGAGACACAUUACAGAGCCUGAAGCUCGUUACUUUGUCAGACAGACUGUUAACGGCUGCCAGUAUUUGCACUUGAACAACAUUAUUCACCGAGACCUUAAACUAGCCAACCUCUUCUUAAAUGACGAGAUGGUGAUAAAAAUAGGAGAUUUUGGUUUGGCCUGUAAAAUAUCGAAUGAAGGAGAGAAGAAGAGAACACUCUGCGGCACACCAAAUUACAUAGCCCCUGAGAUCCUCACGAAGCAUGGUCACAGCUUCGAAGUCGACUCGUGGUCUAUCGGAUGUAUAUUGUAUGUCUUUGCCUCUCUUACGCUUUAUCGUCCAGAUAUACUCUGCUUGUCGGUCGUCCCCCGUUUGAGACAUCGAACCUUAAAGAGACCUACGAAAGGAUUAAAAAGAAUGAAUACUUAAUCCCUCCCGGGGUCUCCGUGCCGGCUUCGAGACUCAUCCGGGCCCUUCUAGACGCAGACCCGUCCAAGCGGCCAAGCAUGUUUAGUGUGAUAGAACAUGAAUUCUUCAAGGGAUUCACUCCGAAUUGUUUGCCUGUUAGCGCCCUUACAACUAGUCCUCGGUUCGACAACCUCUGUCGGAAUCUUGCCGAUAGAAAGCCUCUGUCGGUAAUCGACGCCAAUUUGAAUAUGUCUGCAGUAAAUUUGGACGCAAAUCGUGACUGUGAUUCUGAUGACUUCUGGUUAGGGUCUCUCCAGAAAAAGGUAUACUUCAUUCACACUUGAUGGUCUUUGUAGAUAAAUGAGGUAAUUACUGCUCCCAAAACGACCAGGAAUUCCCUCAAAGCAAUGGAAGACAGUGAAGAUCCAGCCAGUAUACCCAUCUAUUGGGUUUCAAAAUGGGUGGACUAUUCGGAUAAAUACGGGAUUGGAUAUCAUCUUUGUGACAGUUCGAAUGGCGUUUUGUUCAAUGAUGGAACCCGCCUGCUUCUGACGGCUAAUUCUGAGAAUCUGCAGUAUAUAGACAAAGGUGGCACGGAGUACCUGUACACCAUGGUUGAUUAUCCCAACUCCUUGGCCAAAAAAGUGACCCUUCUCAAGUGUUUCACUUCUUACAUGCAUGAAAAUCUGCUAAACGUGAGUCUUAUUGACUUUUGGUGUUUUGCUGCCAUUGUCGCUGGUUUCUGCCAGGAAAACCGGUUUAACUCCUUAGCAAGUCUUUAUCAAAAGGCUUCCCGUAACUAAACGCCAUACCUGUCAGUGUAUUUAAAACAUACCGAUCGGGACCAGUGAAGUGUAGGCUGGUUAUUGGGAUUUUUGCAGGCCAUUCUUAGCCGACCUUUCCGUACCAUUUUUUGGAAUUUUUUCGCUGUGCACCUCGGGCUACGCAUAAAACGUUUCCUCAAAAUCGCGAAGCCUUUCCGCUCUUUGGUUAUUAAAUCCCUUCACCGCCUAAACUAUGCAGAGUAACUAAGUCUUCCCGUCAUUCCACUUAAAGUGCAGAUUCUGCCAGCCACCCACCACUACUUCGUGAAGACAAGGUUUUCCGAUGAGGUGAGCUCAAGCCGUUUCAGGUUGGACAGGCUGUACACUUCCCACUAUUCUGUGGGAACAGUUGGGUUUACUCACUUAUGUUCAUUACCACUAAAGUCUCGACUUGUUUCAGAAGUGAAGUCUCUGCACCAGACUUUAACCGUCUCGUGUCAUUUCUAUCGAAUAAUUGCUUGUGAAAUUCAGUGGCUGUACCUUCUGUCAAACCUGUAGUAGCGACCCGCCGUUUCUCUUGCCGCCAUAGUCUGUUAUUAGCAGCGCAAGGCCCACAUACCUGGUUGCAUCAUUAAGGUUAGUCGGUGUAGAUGAACUACGUUGCCACCUUGUUUCUUAGGAAUAUUUUGAGUUCGGUGAUUAGCCUAACUACAAUUCGCACUUAGCCUCCCUGGACUCCUCGUUUUUGCAUAUGCGUCAUCUAUUCCGGUCAUAUUAGCUAUUUAUAUGACAUGAGAAGUCUGAGAGACCGAUUGUUUUUACACGAGAGUACAGACAGGCCAUGUCAGCUAGAAAUAACUCACUUCCGUGCGCGCUCUGUCAUUUCUCCUGAUCAUAUUAGGCUCAAACGUCAUCUCUCCCUCUGAUGACCUGUCAUUGUACAAUAGACACUAGAUCCAUAUCUUCCUGGCUGUCUGAGAUUGCGUCCUAAUGCAAGAGAGGCAUAGAGCUCCUGGAGAUAAUAGGCAACGAUUUUAAAACGGUCAAUUAUUGUGGCUCAGGAAGAAACCUGCCCGAUUUGAGGGCGUGCCUUCACAGCCAUGAAACAAGAUAAGACAUGUUUCAAAUGUUCGGACUCCCCCAUAGUCUACUCCGUGGUUGGCAGUCUUCGUGCGCUCCAAGGAGCCUUCUUUGUCCGCGCUAUUUGCAGCCGUAAGGUGAUAAACUGUUUUAGCCUGGAUUGACGUGACGAUAUUGCAUCAGGUUAUCAGACUUAUGACUAGACAAAAUCGACGAGUGGACAAUUCAGGACAGUCUAACGGCUAACUUCAAUUUUUCAGACAAAAUGUUUUUUGUGGAACGGUCACCAGUGUACUAAACCGGUUGGAUUGGACCAGAUAAGUGCACUUACCCAUUUCCAAGUGUUAGAAAUGCCACGUAUCAGCACCGCGUCACGUUCCUAGACUAUCAGUGGACCUUACUAGCUACCGUUUAGAUCUUUUAGUAAUGAAAUUGUCCCUCUAAAUGUCGAAAGUGGCCUUGUUUAAGAUCCUCCAAGAAACUUGUAUUGUGGAGACCGAUGUCUCCGACAAUAGAAAGUCCAUGGGAAAUAGCCAUUCGUAACGCGGCCCGUGGAUUUAUGACUAAAUCUGCACCACAAGACGGACUGUCGCAAAUCGCCAAUCCUGAUAUCAGCGAACCCUCGUCCCCGAUGGGCCUAAAACGACUUUAGAUGCAGUCCCUCGGAAUGCUGUGUAGAUUUGCCUCCGUAGCAAGAUAUGCGUUUACUUCAUGUUCCCAACGUCGGUUUCAAGCGUUAAAAAGAUGCCGUGACAAAUUCGCAGACAGUGGAUACCGACGAUUCUCGCCAUUGUUCUGAGCAUCAUUCUCGGACGUAGUGGUUGGUUUGAUAUACACCUAGGGGUUAUCGGUAUGGCGUUACGUUUGCGAAGGGGAUCGCCUUGCAGCUAAAUGUUGAUGGUGUCCACCUACACAACAGCCCCUUCCACCACUAACGCCAUGCCAUUCACCUCCUUAUAGGAAGAUCCGCUUAUUCUUAAAGGUAUAGAUUGGGUCGGGUCUACACUUGGACAGGUACGGUAUUUCGUUAGACCUGGUUAGUUAUAAAUUAAUUUCCUGGUCUGAAGAUGCCCGUGGCACCUGCGUUGGCUUCCGUUACGAGUGCGGCGUUUACUUGACGGCCAGUAGUAUUCGCGAUGUUAGGGUUCGAUUCGCAUUGCCCAUCGAAGUAAAAGGGGCCAACUGCUUCUAUUCAUAAAUGAUUGAAAGCUAUGCCGUGCAUAACCUGGAUCGGUUGCACGAAUAAACCACAAAUUCCUCAUCGCAUGUCUUCCUUGCUGAAUAGACCAGGUCCGCCUCACCGGUAUCCCCCCACAAACCUCUGCAGUAUGCCACAUGGGUUACUCCGGGAAGCCAAUUUGCCUGAAGGUUAUACUGUUAAUGACGGGUUGGGCCGUAAAGAAACCGAUUUAUCUUCACAAUGUGUUGGGAACUACAUUUUUGAUUGUGCUCUAAUCUACGCCUGACCGGGAUACCGACAUGCUCAGGGCAUUCAUGCGCGAGAGGUGCCGAUUUUUCAUUCUUACUGAAAUAAUGGAAAAUUCAAGAAGAAUCCCUGAUAACUUCAACUCCAACCGAAAUGCAUCUGUCAAGGCACCCAAUUAACAAUGAACACCCUUAAUUAAGUCAAAAUAAAAGAAGUGUUGGGAGUAAUAUUGUGCUGGAAGAAAAACGAAUUUUGUUAUUAAAAGCAAGAACACUGAAAACGCAAAUGAUUGCCGUGCAGAAGUACGUACUACCCGUCCAUUCAAUUGGGUGAGUAAAACAGUCAAAGCACAACGUUGAGAAGCCCCUUUGAAUAGUUUUUACGCGGAAUAUCCUCCGAUAAGUGGUAUAAAAUGCGGCAUAGUAGCUAGAGAACUGCUUUAUAUUUAAUGCCUGAAAACGGUAUUAUUGGAGUCCGGUGCGAAUUUUUCGAUUUUGCAUUGCCUGAACUGUACUUGGCUGAGACAGGGGACAGGGGUGUCACAGGGAUAGAAGAUCCCACAAGGUCGCUGACAAAUAACGGACUAUAAACAAUGUAUAAUCACGGCCAUAUCAUUUUCUGAGAAGAAUUUUUCUCUGAAAUUACUGUACUUUCUUGUUGCUGUGAAGUCCGUUCGUUUACAAAGCAUCCCUUACGUAUCAGUGGACGCUAAAGUUUUCAAUGUUUUCGGUGGAUUGCCCGAAAAGAUUGUCUCUUCAGCUCUUUUUUUUUCAAAACUUUCGAAGUCAGACAAAUUUCAAAAUUUUGCCCAUGUGGAGAGUUCUCAAACCUUCUGCAUAUGGCAGUUGGUGUCAUGUCUGUAUGUGAAUCUUGAUAGACAAAGUAAAUGAAUGUCCGCAGCGAAGGCAUGCAAAAAACGCCUUGUCAUGUCUAUGUCGGACAGACUUUCCGCUGUUAUUAAUUCGAAUGGACAAUCUACAAAGUACUACUUUUUUGUAUCUGUUUCUGUCCUUAAUUAUUUUUGACCUUUUAUGCGCCCUCCUCCUUUAUACGUCUUCAUACGUAGCCUUUAUUAACUUGGUUGUAAUAUAGGCGUUUCUCGAAAAUGUGACUUUUGUCGAAAAUUAUUUAUUUUUAUCUCAGUAAAUAAUAUUUUCUUAACCAAACUUUGCUUUAUUUCUUUAACACAUCGUUUAUUUUCCGCUAUCAGACUUUGGGAGCCGUAGUGUUUACCGAUUUUGCGUUAAAGUCGUUAACCUGUGUUAAUUCGUGACAUUUCAUGAGUUAGCACAGGUACUGUAUAUUUUCUACCAUAAAAAAAAACAAAAUCAUUUUCUCGCUCCACCGUAACGGUUUCUACUUUACUUCGUUAAUUCCAGGUUCCAUGAUAUGAUUAUAACUGCACAAAUUCAUCUUAGAUUAUGUAAAUGCAUCCGAAGACGACUGACCCGAUGCCCGUUCCGGUUCAUAACUGCCUAGUAACUGAAAAUGAACCGCACUAUACGCUAAAAAGUUAAGUUGGCCUUUCAGUGGUACCCAUUUUUACGAUUACUUCGAAAACAUUUGAUUAUGUUUGGGAAUUACGGGUUCGGUAAACAUAUUGUUAGCGUUCCUAGUAAGUUGCAGACCAAAAUGGCCAGAUUUACAAACCACUCUUUUUUAAAAGAGACUCUCUGAAAACAACAUGCUUACUUACAACAUGACUCACCGAGAAGCUUCAGGCGACAACUACCUGCGGGGCAGACAGUAGAUAAAACCGAACAGGCGAGUUCAAAGAAGCAGUUCAGAAGAAGAAAAUGCGAUCACUGGAACAAGAAGUUUAUUGGCCGGAUGUUUCGUAUUCUCACUCGAUCCCCUUAUCAGAGAAAUUCGCGACUGUCUCUUGCAUUAGUUUUCCACAGGAUAGUGUCAACAUUCCUCAGCGCAGUCGAUCGCUCGAAUCACUCGCGAACCCACCGCAGUGUCGCCAGAUAAGCGGUCGCGGAUGUUCGGUCGACAGGUGCCAUGUGCGCUUUAGUUGUUCACCCCGUCCCUACACACCCAGCGGUUGCAUUGAUUAGCCCAUACAUAUACGCUUACGCGAUGGGUUUGCUAGAACAGCACAGCCUAGGUUCCCCUGACACCAGCACACGUCGCGUCGACGCAACCCGUGCAGGGCCUUGUCGGUCAUGUGUGUAUGUAUGUUAGCGAUACACCCAUCAGGGAUGUGAGCACAUUUGUUGUCGGAAUAACGGACAAAACACCGCGCGUGGAUCAGUGCGUCGCUCACUAAUGGGAGAUGUGAAUUUGGACAAGGACCGACUCAGAGGAUGCGAAGGAUCGGCGCGUGGGUGGCGCGCGUAGACGGUGGCUUUGAAGCCACACCAGACCCUGUGUCCAAUGCUAUCGCCAGGUAGCUUGAUUCAGGCGACGGGCGCGUAGGAGAAGGAAGGGAGUUAGGCCAGUCGGGCGAUUUAUUUGCAUUGCAAACGGGCAAGGAUUCCUUAAAGCUGUGGCAACAGGCCAAGAGAGUUGCUGACUGAGUUGGUAAGUCAGUCCUACACAGCACUGAGAAUGAGAUCGAAACAACUCUUUCUGAAUGUGCCCGUUACUAGACUAAUGUGAAGUGUCAAGCUCCCCUCUUUUCGGAAGACUUGUUCGGGUGAAGAUAGGGGCAGGGUGGUGCGUUCCAUCUUCAGACGGACGACUUGGCUUCGUUGGGUACUGCACCCGCGCCCUCAUCUACUCUUAUUGUUUUUGUCUUGUCAUGGUGAAUGUGAGGUAGAUGCUGCACGGGUUUUCCUUAACAUGAACGCAAUCAAGCCCAACUUAUCAUUUCGCCCCUGUAAUAAGCAUAGAACUAUACAUGUACCUGACCGACUGAAGCAUCGGCCGGUAUCCUAGAUUUCGAUUUCGACCGCAGGCUUUAUUUGGGUUGAUGGUACGUGUCCCAUUUUACUUUUGACUAUUGCAUUGAUUGCGAAGAUGGUCGAGGUUUUCGGCAGAUAACCAGUAAACAGCGCCUUUGCAGCCAACUUGCAUGCCUUCGAAAAGCCUGCCGUUAACGAUUUAUUCUGGCUUUUUACCCAAUCUGACCACACUUUACUACUGUGGGCCUAGCACACGUCCUGCUGUUUGCCUCCCAGUACAUGUGUCGUAAAUUUUGGUUCUUCCUCAUUUUUGUUUUAGGCUGGGGAGAACAUUACUCGCCGCGAGUCUGAUAGCAUGGCCAGGCUUCCCUUCCUCCGUAAAUGGUUCCGAACAGACUUGGCCAUUAUCCUGCAUCUUAGCAAUGGCACUCUGCAGGUUCGUGUGCGACUUCUGUUAUGCUGCCCGUUUUAAUUUCCCUGGAAAUUCAUGCGCGAACUUACAUGACAAUCACAUUUUUGCCAGAACGUCUGGUAAAACGUCUAGGCUUACUUCCUCUCCUGCAUAAAGUUCCAUGAUCACACCUCACUUGUCAUAGUCGGGAUAGAAUUUAUGAUUUAGGGUAACCCACAGAGCUACAUGUCGACGCCUGACUCACUCAUUGGAAUAGCAAGUAAAUUUUAGACAGCUUUGUCUGAUUAUCAUUCAUUCAUGAGAGCAUUUCUACAUGCGACUCCCCGCCACCCCAGUUACAUCCUCGACUCAAAUGUUUUAAUCAAUUUUGGGGGACUUCUCCGUGUUUUUUUUAAGUUAGUCGACUCAAAUUGUAGUGGCAUUGGGCCACAAACACGAGCGUCUGUUACAGCAGACCUAAUUGUGGACUAGACGCGCGCAUGGCACAAAUUGAUGACAUGUCAGCAAUUACGCUCCAUCCUGUCCCCACAUUUAGCUUCACCCGGUCUUGCCACUGGCAGACAACGAGAAGAAGGCCGUAGUAAGCCGCUUCCUUAGUGAUACUUUCUCACUGUUUGACACACUUUCGACCUAUCGUGGCACUUUACCCGCCUUAGCUCGACAGGUUGCCUGCCGACGGGGUUUUAGAGACCGAAGGUCAUACUGCAGUGACUCCUUAAUAUAUCUCUGCGUCGUUGUGAAAUCCGAGUUAAUAAAAAAUGAUUCAUGUUAGUCGAAGGAUUAACAGCUGAAACAUGGCAAGCGACAAGAUCCGGCAGUCUAAGGUGCAGUGGUGACUUGUGCGUAAAAUUAUUUAAAGUGGAGUAGACUUGCGUGCAGCAUUUACCUCACCCAUUAUUACCACCCGCUGUAUUCCAGUGGUGAGACAAGGUCAGGAGAAUGGAAGUCGAGCAUGAGCGCGGUGACUGACAGCGUUAGUUGGCCCAUCCAAACGUGCUACGUGACCCGGUCAAUAAUUCGACGGACCCUGCUCAUUGCACAUAUGUGUGUCACCAACGCCACACCAAAAAACCCGUUGCACCCUGACUUUCAUCACAUAGGAGGUUCGAGUUGUCCCUUCAGCUGGCAACUUUUGAUGCCAGGACUUUUAGCCGUAGUAAUAUUUCCGAACGUGUCUGAUUAAUAAUGUCGGGAAACUCUGUACAGCUGCCACGACUGCGAAUAACUCAGUGUCGGCCUCACUCUUCAACUGACAAAUGGUCUGUCCAUGCUUGUCGGUCGAUUGGCGGUGGGAUUGGACGUAGUGGCUGGCGUAGCCUGGGCCUCCGUCUAACGGGUUUCAUAGUUAUGUACGGCAAUAGACGCAGGCGACUUCAGUGCAGCUGGACAAACGCAUGUCAUGAGCCACUGACCCGGUUUUGGUUUAACACGACAGUGGCGCAGCUCGCUUGCUGGGCCCAUGCCCAUGGAAUAGCACGUGUUCGAAACGCACACUUAUCGCAAACUAGACAUCAAAAUUAGAAGAAUUUUUCGUAGACGGUUGGAGUCGGUACUAAGACCUUGACUCUUAUUCCGUAAAAAUUGUUCAUACGAGUCGUACCACUUUCGGUCUCCGUCGUUGGCGAAGAGAAUGGGUUGAGCUGCCCAGAUCUGCUGCCGCGGAUCGUCACGCAUGGAGAAGUACAGUUCAUGACAUCAUCGAGACCGGCUAGAUCAGGCAUGAUCGCGGCCGUAUCAAGUACAAGUACUGGUCAACACUCGUUUCCUGCAUAUUUGAGCAUGGCCCCUUAUAGUGCUGAGGAUCCGCCCGGAAUGAUCCACCCCUAAAUCUCUCUCUUUUGACUCGGCGAGCAAGGAGCGAGGUGUACUUCAUGCUAGGGGGGGGGGGGACGUUUCCUCUCAGUUGUCGGGAUAGGUGAAUGUCUUUCCAACCAUGUACCUCCGAAUCUGAUAGGCUCGGCCACCUCAGCUCUUAUCCAGUCUAAGAACGCCUCGGCACCCAAGUAUAACUGCCAAGUCCGCUGUCUACAGUGCAUAUCCUUGGUGCUAUAGCCAAACUGGAAAACAAAUCACGCGCUAAGGAAUAUCGCCCAGCGGAAACAUACCAGCAUUAAGUAUGAUAGCCAAUCAAUUGCGCAGUAUUCUGACUGGAAGUGAGGGAAAAGAAGUGACCGAAGUGACGUAAUUGCACGGGUCUUUGGGACAAACGACAGAUUGUUAUGGUAGAAGUACCACUGCAUAAGGAUGUUUAACAUUGUCACAAACGUCUUCUCAGCCGUCAUCUCCAAUUGACUCUGCAUGUAUCGCCACAAACUGAUUAUAAAAAAUAAGUGCUGCAGCAAUGUGUUGAUUACUACUUGCUUUGCGAAUCCUCGAGCACUGCCACUGUCCCCAGCAGCUUGCUGUCUGUUUUGUGAAUUUUGCUUCUGUUCUCGACUCAAACCAUCACGAUAUUGUCUUUGGAACUGUCCACCUCCCCAGCGUCUUCACUUUUUCGGGGGGUUAUUUUCGUGGCGUGACCAAAAAUUAUGAAAGAUGAUAGACAUUGCGUCCCAGCAGUUCGACGAUCGGAGGUUGCGCAUGCAUCUACCACCGACUAGUAGUGGGAACCAUCUCACUCAUACCACUUGUACCGCCUUAAAAGGUGAAUUAAGGAUCGUGGCAAAUAAUCGCCAUCUCUCCUUAAUAAUGCGCUUCAUCCUUCAGUUCAGCGAGGACUUAUCAAAUAAAUCGUUUGGAACGGUAAGCUCGGACGUGCACUGUUUCCCCCCUGCCUGCUCGUGCUGAAGGCAAUCCCGUCACAAGGUUUCCACCUCACUUCACUCGUCUCAUACUGGCAGUCGGACCUCGGUAAACUUGGUAAAACGAUUUUUCCGGCGCAGCGUCAGUAGAAGUGCACAUCAGCGUACAAAGUCAUGUAUCUCAUGUCAUAAUUCGGAAGUUUAUGAUUACAUAAGCUUCAUUUAACCCCGUUUCCCACUGUAGGCGCUCUCGUCAGUCACCGUCUUCGCACGCCGCUCAGGGAGCCAUUCGCAUCUCUCAUGUAUCGAUAAAGUCUUUCGCUGGCCUGUCAACACCACCAUCACCUGUUUUGAACUCCAAGGUUAAAACAGUUGUUCUUGUUCCCAUCGACCAUUGACACCAGUCUCAGCAGACGGUCCGAUUCCGGCAUUUAACUCGUCGGAACGCUUGCCUCCAAUCGGAUCAGAAUUACGGCGUACUAUCUUCUAGUUAGUGUAUUAAUUAAAGCUACGGGACCGUUGUAAGACCAACCUCGCCAUCUCAAUUUAAAUGAAUAAACCUAAGAUGAGUCGUGGGCAAUGAGCGCUUAUCAUUUGUGGACGCUUCAUUUGCAGAACAGCUGAGAUGUCUCAAGUUAUCUAAAGGCGUGACACACCAAUCUCGUCAUUAACGAGGUUACUUAUUUUUUGCUUCAGCUUCCAGAACUGUGGCUUGGACGAUCCGGGGCACGCCCUGCCACGAAAACCGAAUGUCGGCAGUCAUCUUAAUACACUAGAUCACAUUUCCCUAUAAAACUACGUUGCGGCGGCCACCUAACGACGCCGUUGCGUACUGUCAUACAUAAUAGAAGAUACUGGACUCGACAGCCAAGGAUAUCCAUUAGUGUGAAUGAAACUGAUUGAAAAUGACCAAGAGCUUUUACUACCUGACAGCAUGGAAGGAUCUGACCAGGAACAUCCCUGAAACGACUUAAUCGGUAAUGGUCGUACCUGCCACAAGUGUAGAGAUAAGUGAACACUAAAAAUCGAUGCGACGAGUAUCAGCGCCGUUCAGUAAUCUCACACCAUGGAAAUUACUGCCUAACGCCUGGCCCACUUUUUGUAAGUAUGCCUUUUUAGUAUGCUGCCGACGUCACUGACCGACUGUAAAAUUUCGAGUGUUCAGGGGCCCAGCAGAGAUUAAAUAUAUGGACAUACCAUGCCAUUGUCUCGUUCUGCCAUCGUUCGUAGUACCGUUAAUUCUUUUCUUGGUCUAUGACUUCAGAGCCAGGAAAUCGUCCAUUUUCUUGUUCGACUUCCGUCAUGGGAUCUGUAAACAUUUUCCGGUGAUUGGUGGGCUAGACGGAUUAUGCCCAGGUGGGAGGAGCUCUGUGGUUCACUUUUGGGCGGAUGUUGAAACCCGCCAUUUGAUUGGUGAUUCAUGUUUUUGUCAGUGGAGACUGGGACAAAGCGUCGAAGCCUAAACGGGUUCAAGCGCGCAUUGCGAUUUCUCCCGCCUCAGGUCAAAUAAUGUCGCUUUUGCCUUUACGUCUGCAUAUAUCAGCUCUUAAACACAUUGUUCUGGUUCUUUAGAUGAACUUCUUCGACGAUCACUCAAAGAUUAUCCUGUGCCCCCUGAUGGAAGCAGUGACCUACAUUGACCCAAACCGUGAUUUCAAAACCUUCCGCUUCAACCUCCUAAAGGCCAACGGUAUCACCGAAGACCUCAGGAAACGGCUGGUAUAUGCGAGCAGCAUGAUUGAUUCGCUCGCUCACAAGUCAUACGCUCAAACCCGGACAAUCUCUUCGACCGCCGGUGGGCAACCGAAGCCAUCCCGAACAACCACAACCAGUACGGACAGUGCAGUUAAGGCUGCCGUAGCAGCGGGAAAAGCAGCUGCGGCUAACGCUCUUGCCGCUGUCGAUGCUCUGAAAAAGUAG